ACCCGAACUACCCCCACCACCACCACCAUCGCCACCGCUGCCGCCCCCUGCAGCUGAGCUGAGCUGUCGUCUCUUUGCUUGUCGUGUCGGAACAACCAUACUCAUCGUAAAUGUAAACAACCUGACAGAAAGCUACCCGAGAACAACCGACCAUCCAAAAUGGAAUUCUUUGAACUUAUUCAAACUCCACAACUGGAUGGGGUUCUUGUGCACACUCCAUUUCGCCAACCUGCUGAAAAGCCAGUUGAAAGAUCUCUUUGUAUUAUCAGUCAUCAUAUGAUUCUCUCUUCUCGCAAGGAAGGAGUUGAAGAACUUUGGCUACUCCAUCGGAAUGUUGAUUCUGUGGAGCGCAAACCAGACAACCAAGCUGGUGGAGGUAGCCUUGUCAUCAAGUGCAAAGACUUUCGAAUCAUACAACUAGAUAUCAAAGAGCAGAGGGAGUUUCUCAAUAUUGCUUCCUCAAUUGAAAAGCUGUCUAAUGUUGCUGAUCCAAACAAUUGGUAUCCUUUCUUCUACCGUCCUAUGUACACAAUUUUGGAAGAUGGAUGGACAACAUUUCGACCAGAGACUGAAUUUAGUAAACUUGUCACUGCUUUGUCUGAAGAAUGGAGGUUUUCUUAUGUGAACAAAGAUUACAAUGUAUGUCCUUCUUAUCCAAGCACUGUUGUUGUGCCCAAGUCAAUUGAUGACGAAACUCUAAUAACGGCUGCCACAUUUCGGGAAGGUGGCCGUUUCCCUAUUCUUUGUUAUCGUCAUGAAGGAGGGAGUUACUUGCUUAGAAGCAGUCAGCCACUACUUGGCCCAAAUUCUAGGCGAUGCAGAGAAGAUGAAAAACUCUUAAAUGCAGUUCUUGGCCCAGGCAAACGAGGAUUUAUAAUCGAUACUAGGACAAUGAAUUUUGCACAAUCUGCUAAGGCCAGAGGAGGAGGGUAUGAAGUUGAAGUUAAUUAUCCCCAGUGGCGAAGAUCGCAUAAACCAAUCGAUAGACGUCAUGUUCUCCUCGAGUCUCUAACAAAACUGAUUGAAGCUUGCAAUGAUACCUCUUCUUCCAUGGAUCGUUGGCUUUCACGCUUGGAAUCUUCUAACUGGAUGACUCAUGUAAAGGACACAUUGAAUUGUGCGUGUGUUGUAGCACAAUGUCUGGACAAGGAAGGAUUAUCUGUUCUUGUUCAUGGAUCAGAGGGGCUUGACUCAACACUGCUUGUCACUUCACUUGCCCAAGUUAUAUUGAACCCAGACUGUCGGACUGUUCGAGGAUUAGAAGCACUUGUAGAACGAGAGUGGAUUCAAGCUGGUUACCCAUUUCCUCAAAGACACUCUAAGUCAUGCUAUUCAACCAGUGGGCGAAACAAAAAUAAUGCACCCACAUUUCUUUUGUUCUUGGAUUGUGUACAACAGAUACACCAACAAUAUCCAUGCAGUUUUGAGUUCAGUCAACCACUCCUGAUAUUAUUGUUUGAACAUUCCUACAGCUCUCAAUUUGGAACCUUUCUUGGUAAUUGUGAGGCUGAGAGAGUGUCUCUGAAACUUGCUCAGAACACGGCAAGUUUGUGGUCCUUCCUUAACCGUCCUGAUAUACUUCAGUCUUAUCUGAAUCCUAUGUAUGAUCCAAACAAUCGUGUGAUAUGGCCUUCAGUCGCGCCUAUGAGCCUUUCCUUAUGGUCUGAUCUGUAUUUGAGGUGGGUCAUUGACCAAAGCCCUCAGCAGAAAGCUCUCCAGGCGGUCAUGGCUCUAAAAGAAAAUGACAAAGAAUUGAGGUUUAAGGCAACACGCUUACGGAGACAGUUGGCAGAACUCGAGAAAGAGGCUGUUGAACGAGGCAUCUUAAAAAGAAAUACUUCUACUGACAGUGCAGCAACACCAACUGCAAGUGCAUCCAGUGCAGUGUCACCAACCAGUCCAAGUCCUUCAUCUCAGAUUUAAGUUAAAGCCAAUCUCUACUUAUCUCAUCAUGUUUGACAGCUGGCUGUUGAGUCAUCACUUUUAAAAAAUUGGUAUGUUAAUGUAGCUCUACCCAAGGCUUUUGCCAUUUGCUAAAUGAAUUUUGUUGUGUGUAAUUUGCAUAAGUGAACGCAACCAUAUUUUUUUUCAACCAUUAUAGUUGGAUCUUUAUGUGAUAUUCCUUUUUUAUUUUUUAUUAUUGAUUUAUUUAUUACUUACUCUAAGCAACUUAAAAUAUGUGCACCCAUUUAAGCUAUUUAGUGUACUGUUAUGUAUUCAAGCAAAGUUUAUUCAGAUGUAAUACAAUGCCACGUUUAUGAAGCCAAAGUGAACUAAAUUCUGCCUUUUUAUGAUUUAUUAUUUAGUCUUUUAGUGUUAGUAAGAUUCGAUUGUAAAGGAAUGAAUUUUUGUUGACUACAAAAUGAUAAUAGCUUUGCACCCUUCAACAGGCAUAUGUGUUCCUUUUUAAGAUAUGGUAUUCAAUUUUACAUUCCUUUGAAUGAUGCAUUGUCUCUUGUAGGGAAAAAUAAGGCCAUGUUGGUUAUGAGGUUGUGAGUAGCAACUGAAAGUGUAUAGCUGAUUGUCAAAUGCAAGGCUGGACUGCAAUACUUAGCUCUCGUAACAUUAUUCAUAUGUUCUUAUCCACUCUUGUCCUGUGAGAGCAUGUUUCUCAGUUUUUCUCUAAAUUUAUCUUGUUUCCACUGCUUUGCAAUCUGAGAGGUUUUAAGUGUCUGCGCAAGUCUAACAUCUGAGUGGGGAAACACCAUUGCGUUGUAUGGUUCAUCUUAUUUGUGACAGAUCUCUAUUUUAAAAAUAUUGUUGUUAAUUGACCGUGAUAAAAUGUAGUUUGUAAAUAUUUUUAGGUUUAAUAACAAGAUUUCUGUCUUGUAAGCUUUUAUUUACCGGUACAACCGGUACAACAACAUAAAAUUAACCAAAACUUGAUUGGCCAACAAUGUACAUAAAAACAAUGUCUUUAAAAAAAAAUCAGCACUCUAUUGAAAAUAAAACACCAAAAUCUA